AGCCGGCUGCAGCGCAGAGACAGGUGUGCUGGAUUUGUUGUCUUAGUGGUUGCAGUCUAAAGUCAGCUGAAUUAUCCAAAAGAUCAGCGCUGACAGCACUUCCUGGAGCUCCUGGUGGCUGCCUGUAUGUCCUCACCAGCCAUCCAAACCGGAGAGGAAGAAACUCCAGUGUGAAGCUCCUGAACGCUGUUUCUCCUCAUGACAACGCUGAUACAAGUACAGGGUGUUAUAGAAGGGGCAGAGAGUGUUCAUUACAAAUUGCAAAGAGCUAUUUUUUGGACAAACAAUGCGAAACCUUGAAAUGCCAACCUGCCAAACUGCAUCAUUCCUCCCCGGAAACUAUAUUUAUUAACACCUCAUCAGACUGCAAGAUGGCUUUUAACGUUCCAUUAGCAGGGCAGGGUGACAUUGUCCGAGAGAAUCUGCAUAGUUUUUGUGUAGAUCAUUUCAGCAACAAUCCACAAGCCUCUGACAAAUCAGUAGCUUUUACUGUAAUUAAGCAAACUAUGGAACAAAUGGAUUUGCCUGCAGAACCUGUUAUAACUAUUAUUGUGCCAGAUGGAAUUUCAGAAAAACAGCCUGUCUUGACAAGUCAGGUCAUCUUGCAUGAUCAGUUCACUGUUGAAGAAAAUCCUGAUGUAGAAAAGCUAUUUUCCAAUGAAUCAGAAAAGGCAGAUGAGCUCUUAGAAAAUGAGCAUUCAUACUGUAAACCUGAUUUUGACAGGAAUCAGUUAUUGAAAACCAUUGCUAAACUCCAUUCCAAAAUAGCACUUCUUGAAGUGCAAGAAAACUUAAUGCUUAUACGCCUGAGAUCACUGGAGGCCCUUAUUAAAAAGUUAAAACAGGAAAAUUUGCUAUCAGAUGAAAAGUUACAAAUUAUUGAUAGUUAUGAUAGUUGUCAGAAUAAUUUUGAUUUUGCUAUGGCACAAUAAAUAUGUAAUUAUUUUAUUGCACACCUUCUUACUAAUAAGGUGCACAGACUGGUUAUGUAGUCUUCUUGAUAAUUGGUGCCUAAUAAUAGCACUACUCAUCCAGUCUUCUAUUUACUAACACAAUCAUCUUGCUAUGGGGCUAUCAUUUUGGGAGGGACAGAUUACAAUUGCCUGGCAAUGGUUUUUUAUUUUGCAUUGGGUGGCAGGCUGAGGAAAAGUAAUUGAUUUAUAAAGCACUGGCAAAUUA